CGGGAGCUUUUGAUUUACUUCUUUAAUUUGAGGAAAUCUGAGGCGCAUCAAUUGCUUGUAGAAGCAUAUGGUGAGGCUGCCUUAAGUGAGAGAAGUUACCGUGAGUGGUUUCAAAAGUUUAAGAACGGUAAAUUUGACGUCAAAGACAAAGAACGUAGCGGAAGGCCGAAGGUGUACGAAGACGCGGAAUUGGAAGCAUUAUUGGAUGAGUGCCAAAUGCAAGAAGCACUUGCACUUACAUUAGGAAUGACUCAACCAGCAAUUUCACAUCGCUUAAAAUCGUUGGGAAUGAUUGUCCCGUCGUCUCUGUCCACGGUCAGGGACGGUUGGUUCCUGAACUUGUCUUCGUGCGACAUUCCUCACAAUGUUCAAUGUUUCCUACAACUGGGUGAUAACUUCGCGCUCCCCUUUAACAACAAAAACAGGAUUAUUUUCAACUGCAUCAAAGGUAUUGAAAGUGGCACAUUGAGGAUGCCUUUGGACAGGAGAAUGGAUAUAGUUAACCAGUCUAUCCCCAUCCUAAAUAAUAUCAUCUCUUCUCCUGUCUUCACUUCAGACAUUCAUAAACAGUUGACUGGGAUGGAGUCGGACACUCGAGUGUUUUUGUCGGCGCAUCCCAACAUUGUGUUCACGCGUGCGGACAAGGGCAAUGUCACUGUUGCUAUCGAUAGGAACACGUACAGAGAUGAGAUGAUUGCGUUGUUGGGGGACUCGGACACAUAUGUCCGGAUCAAAAAAGAUCCGACAAAAAAACUUACGACAGCUUUAAGGUCUAUGCUCACAAAAUGGAAAAGGAGAGGUCAUAUCAAGGACUCCGAAUACAGAGCGUUGUACUGUAGUGACGGUUCUCUUCAGAGGGCCUAUGGACUGCCAAAGAUACACAAGCUUGGUUGCCCUUUUAGAAUUAUCGUGUCAUCGGUGGGCAGUCCGCUGUAUCCGUUGGCUACGUUCUUACAUAAUAAAUUAUUCAAGACCAUUCCGAAGGCCGACAGUAACGUUAGAAAUAGUUUCGAAUUAGUCGAAAAAUUAAAGAGUGUACAUUUCACAGGGGCACACGAACUAAUAUCUUUGGAUGUCACCUCUUUGUUCACGAACGUGCCAACGGAUGUAGCGAUUGACUGUGUGAACGAACAUUGGCAUGUUAUUGCUAGCGAUUACUCGCUACCCAAGAAAGAGUUCUUGGGAGCAAUUCAGUUUGUCUUAGACUCUACGUUCUUUUCCUUAGACAAUGUGAUUUACAAGCAAUGCUUUGGCACUCCCAUGGGCUCUCCAAUAUCACCGAUAAUAGCGGAUUUGGUGAUGAGGAGAUUGGAGACGGUGUCCUUGAUGUCGUCGAAUUUUGACACCUUAUUUUAUUAUAGAUACGUCGACGACAUAUGCACUGUGGUACAUCCCUCGCAAAUCGACGGACUACUGAAACAGUUCAAUUCAUUCCAUCCGCGCUUGCAGUUCACCGUAGAAAGAGGCGGAAAUACGAUUAAUUUCCUAGACAUUACGGUGUCUAUCAAUGAAAAUCGAUGUAAUUUAGACUGGUACCGUAAGGCAACGUUUUCAGGUAGAUUCCUGAACUUUCAUUCUAAUCAUCCUUUGACGCAGAAAAAAGGCACCAUUUUUUCAUUAGUCGACAGAGCCUUUUUAUUAUCUGACAAUAUAUUUCACACCAAAAAUUUGACUUUCAUCAUUAAUAUCUUACUCCUAAAUGACUACCCACUUGAUUUUAUUUUUGACUCUAUCAACCAAAGAAUAAAAAAUUUGAUUAAAAAGAAACACAAUGUAUAUAACGUUGUAACCGAUAGUGAGGUUACUAAGGAGUCUACCUCUUGGCUUACGGUUUCCUUCAUUCCUCCUCACACAGAGAAAUUCAGAACAUUGCGCAAAAAUAAAGGCGAUAUCAGGAUAGCCUUCCACAGCCUCAACAAAAUGAGCAAGUACAUUAGAGUCCAAAAGGACACUUGUCCUCGUACAUCGAAAAAUAAUGUCGUCUACAAAAUUUUAUGUAAUGAUUGCGACGCGUCUUACGUCGGGCAGACGGGCAGACAACUAAAAACUAGAAUAGCAGAACACCGUAACCAUAUUAGAUACAAAACCUCUACUCGCUCUGUCAUUACCGAGCAUAGGCUUCUUCAUGAUCAUGAUUUUCAAUGGGACGAUGUUCAAGUCCUGGAUGAAGAACCUUCUUACAGAAAGCGAGGAAAUAAAGCAGGUCGAAGAACUGCUCGAAAGCAGCAUAGUAAAGCUUCUCAAUCGCCUUACAAUACGCCUACAUGGAUAGUCCCGAAAAAAGAGAACUUGAAAGGAAACAAGAAAUGGAGAAUAAUGUUAGAUUUUCGCGCUCUGAACGAAAAAACUGUCGGAGACGCAUAUCCAUUAUCUAAUAUUGUUGACAUUCUAGAUCAAUUAGGCGGAGCACAAUAUUUCUCUGUAUGUGAUUUGGCUUCCGGAUUCCAUCAGAUAAAAAUGGAUCCUGCGGAUAGCCAUAAGACCGCUUUUACAACUCCUUUCGGGCAUUGCGAAUUCGAAUGCAUGCCCUUCGGAUUAAAAAAUAUUCCUGCUACUUUCCAAAGAUUAAUGGAUCUAAAACUUUUCCAGCAGCGUAGAUCAUUAAAUCUUGACGAUCCGGAAGACGUAGAAAUUGUUUCUAGAAUGUUAGAAGAAACCGUCGAAGAAGAAGAGGACGAAAAUUUUGAAUUUUAUCUUUCGGACAAAGAGAAAGAUGAAGAUCAAAUGCCCGAUGAUAAUCUGUCUGACGAGAAUACAGACACAAUACUACUAUUCACACAUAAAGAAUUGUGCGAGCCACCGAGAUUAUAA